AUGGGAAGCGAAAGUGAGAAAGGGAGAGACGCAAAGGAAGAAGAAGAAGAAGAAGAAGAGAUUGUCUGCUUAGAGUCCUUCUUCAUCAACGAUGAUUAUCAGCUGACGACGUUUACGUUUGGGUCCAAUGUUCUUGAGCUCUACUGUCUGCAAUCAGCUUCAACUGAUUUUGAUUUAACAGGGCAACUGGUUUGGCCUGGUGCUAUGCUUAUGAAUGGUUAUCUCUCAGAAAAUGCUGACAUUCUCAAAGGAUGUUCAGUUUUGGAGUUUGGAUCUGGCGUUGGUAUAACCGGAGUCCUUUGUAGCAAAUUUUGCCGUAAAGUUGUUUUUACUGACCAUAACGAUGAAGUACUUAAGAUACUGAAGAAAAACAUCGACCUUCAUGAACAUUCAACCGGUCCCAACCCCUCAGCUGAAUUAGAGGCUGCAAAGCUAGAAUGGGGAAAUAGUGAUCAUCUUGGUGAAAUUUUACAGAAACACAAUGAUGGCUUUGAUCUCAUUCUUGGAGCUGAUAUUUAUAUCCUUAUGUUCCGUAACAGUACUUUUCUAGCUAUCUUCAUAGUACUUUGGUUGAUCUUAGAGUUCAGCGUUGAGCAGCUUCUACGGAUCAGGGAACCUGGAAAAUGCAAGUUCAUACUUGCAUACGUGUCGCGGGCUAGACAGAUGGAUUCUGCGAUCUUGAGGGAAGGCGAUGAGCACGGGAUGCUGAUGAAUGAAGUCUCCGGGACUCGGUGUACCGUUGGAAACUUGGAAGGGGUCAUAUAUGAGAUCACUCUUCCAUAG